UUUUUUUUCUUUUUUUCCCUGCUACCCCUCAUUGAGCCACUUGAGCCUAGAGCAGAUGGAAAGAUUGUAGAGGGAGGAAAGUAAGCAAGCGGCAGAGAUAGAAAGAACUGGCAGGAGCCAUGCAGAGAGUGAGGCAGCCCAGCGACAAUGCUUGGUGAACUGAAUCACUGAACAUCAGAAAGUCAUUUUUUUACUCCAUUUCAGCCCACUAAGAGACCAAGGAAUCAGACAGGACAGCCUUGAGCGGACACAUCAACUCACCGUCCCAGCCAAGGACGUGGAAAGCAAAGGAAAGAAGGAGUUAGAGACAAGGAGAAAGAGGGGAGUUCUACAGAUGACAGUGAAAGCAGAGAGGUAGACGGAGGUGAUCAGAGGGACCAGAUAGUGAAGAGAAAGUGACAGGAUUGCUACAGGUGUGUCCGCAAAGACUGCUCAAAGGAAGGGGUGACACGCCAGUCGACAGAGCGAAAGCUGUUGCAAGUCAAGCAGGGAGUAAAAAGAGCAAAGGGAAGUCAGAGCUAGAUAAGGAUGGCCAACUCAGGUCUCCAGUUGUUGGGUUAUUUCCUGGCUUUGGGCGGCUGGAUCGGCAUCAUCUCCACCACCGCCUUGCCCCAGUGGAAGCAAUCGUCAUACGCCGGAGAUGCCAUCAUCACUGCCGUGGGUCUGUACGAGGGGCUGUGGAUGAGCUGUGCCUCGCAGAGUACAGGACAGGUGCAGUGCAAGAUCUUUGACUCCAUGCUCUCGUUGGACAUCCACAUCCAGACAUGUCGGGCACUCAUGGUAGUGUCAGUACUGCUGGGCUUUAUCGGGAUCAUCGUCAGCGUGGUGGGCAUGAAGUGCACUAAGGUGGGAGAUAACAACCCAACUACCAAAACCCGCAUUGCUGUCACUGGAGGGGCUCUCUUUGUUCUCGCAGGGCUAUGUACACUGGUUUCUGUGUCCUGGUAUGGCACUCAGGUGUCCUACCAGUUCUUCAACCCAAAUACACCGCCCAACGCCAGGUAUGAGUUCGGCUCGGCCCUGUUUGUAGGCUGGGCAGCAGCCAGUCUGACGGUUCUGGGCGGCUCCUUGCUGUGCUGCUCGUGCUCUAAAGAAGAGAUGCGAGGGCAGCAAUAUUACCGCCAAUCACAGCCUUCCACAACCAGGGAGGCAGAGUUGUUGAGUGAAACUAGUUUCCCUGACUGAUCAGCCCCCGCCUUUUUAUCGAGGACUGUUCCGACCACUGUCUUCCCCCCCUUUUUUCCUGUUACCUCUUAGACCCCUAAAUUUGGACCUCUUGUAGCAGAAUUUUCCCCCUCUCCUCAUUACUACAGAUGCACCUUAUCAGUUUUAGUGGGAAACUAGAUGAAUUGUCUUCUCCCAUUUUCCCCCUACUUUCUGAGCCUUUUUUCUGUAAAUAUGGACUCUUUAAGGAUACAUGAUCUGACCUUUAAACUCAGAGAUAAGGUGACCGCCUCCAUUUCAAACCUGUCAACCCUCUGCUACACCACCCACAAGCCGGCUCUGUUCAUUCACUGGUCGAAAGUUAACAAUUUCUUGAAACCCUUUGUGGUUUUGUUGCGCUGAUUUAUGAGUUCACUUAUAUCCUAUGACCUCUGGGUUUUGAUUUUUCUUGAGUUUUUAUGUGUGUGUGUAAAUGUCUCUUCUGCGGUUUGUUUUGUUUGCUGUGACUGUACUUUGACUGAAACAUGUCUUUUUUUUCCCUUUUGAAUUGCAGACCAAAUGUUAAAAGUACCCCACCAGAGAAAAGGGAGCAGUACUUGUAGUUUGGGAGAGUCUUCUGGCCUUACCAUGGUUUAGAUUCUGUCAACAGGCAAAAAAAAAACCCUCUCACAGAGGAAUUCAAAACAGACAAACAGACACCAUUAAUGAAAGACGUAAUGCACAGCAACCAUACAACAUGAAUUAAACUGUUUUUCAAUGUUCAAUUUGUUUGGGUGUUUGAGAAAUAGUCUCGGCGGUUUGACAAAGAUCAGAUUCUGUCUUGUCUGUUUUGUUGACUUUGGGAGAGACAUUCAUUCAGGGUAUGUUUUCUAUAACAUUGUUAAAAUGCCCGGGUGUAUAUACCACCUUAUUCUUUUCUUCUUCUUUUUUUUUUUUUACUACAUAUAUAAUGUUUUACUACAGUGCCUUAUAACACAUGUUUGUGCACAUGUUUGUUUUUGACUUCAAGGAUUCUUUAUCCCAUCCCGUCUGAGGGAUGUGUGUCUAUAGUUCCUCUGCCAGCAUUUCUGGAUGGCUUUUUCUAUUGUUGGAAUUCUGAAACUGAAUGUGAAGCUACUCUACAGUACCACUUAUGAAACAACGAACACAUACACAUGCUAGAUCUUCAGCAUAUAGUGCCUUAUGCCACUGUUUGUGAGACGCUGUGUGCCUGCUUCAAUGUAGCCUGGAUUGAGGAUAUACCCAGUAGAUUUUGUUUUUGUAAUGUGCUGAUUAUGAUUUGGUGUGAAUGACAGAGUCGUUGUCUUAUCGGCUCUGAGGAUGUACUGUACUGUGCCGUCUCCUGUACUAAAGAGCACCAGUUAGCUGAGUGUUCAAAAGCCCUUCUGAUGCCUGCAUUUAUUUACCAUGCCAUUCCUUUCUCUAAUAUUUACCUCCUUGAUGUUGUGUAUCAUCUCAUUUACAGUAUACCCCUGUCUGUUUCUUUUAGAAUAAAGUAAACAGAGACAUAAAAAUAAAUGUGA